AUGCUGAUAAGGGAGAUCCCAGGGUUCUACUAUGAUGAAGAGAAAAGAAGGUACUUCAAGGUAGUCAACGGAAGCACACUAGUCAACAAGAAGUACCACAAUAACAGAGUUCAAGCGGAAAAGCGAAGGUUUAAUAAAAGCCAUGAAACCAAAAAUUGCAAAAAACAAGCAUUUCCCCAUGUCGAUGAUCGUAUAAAUAUACUCAAAUUACGUCUUGGAGAAACAAGACUCCUUCAGCAUGACCUCACGUUUGAAAUGAUCAAGUCAGUACAACAAAAUAGCUACAAAAGUGCUCGAAAACGAAACUUGAAGAGUUGGGGAAUAGUUUCGAUGGAUCACCAUGGUCCUCAUAUUAUAGUGUCAAGUCUGUAUGACGUGCUGUUGAUCGGCCACGGAUACUGUGACUUCAGCGACUUGAUGUUCUGGCGCCACUUUGAGCGAAUCUCGUGCAAUCUAGCACCUAUUAAUGAACCUACAGUGUCCAAUCUCUCAUGCGAUGGACGAUAUUUGUUCUACACAAUUACUGUGACAUCGGUUGAUUUUCCUUCAAUGGUGCAAAACUAUGUCAGAAUUGAAAGAUUGGAGGUUGACAAUGCUAUCAGAAAACAAGACUUUACCCUUGCACUUUAUUCCUACUGGAAGUCGCUACAAGUAUCAUCUUUUCAACAUUUUCUUGGUCAAAUUUUGGGAGUAAAUGCCAUUGAUUUCAGCGAGGAGCGAUACUCUUAUUUGGAUGGAAAUCUCUUCGUUGACACAGUAUCUAUCACAGCCUUACAAAUCUGUAGUAAAAAGGUCUACUUGGGUUGCAGCAACGGUUCAAUCGUUAUACUAUCUUUCGAGGAAAUUCUGGGUGGCAUAAAGUUUUAUGACUCUUGUUUGGUAAAUGUUAGCACGAAAGCACCAAUUUCCGUGAUAAGAGUACUUGAAAAAGAUUUCAUUGCUUUCACAACUGAGCGAGUAAUUACCAUUCUUGACUCACAUCACCGUCAGAUUCACCGCAUAAAUCAUUGCAAUCUAAUCAAAAACUUUAAAGCUGAGAUAUACCCGGAAUUGUCGGUGAUUCAUGUUGUUGGUCUUACAAAAGUUACAACCUAUCGAAUACUCAAGAAUGGUGAAAAAAUUGUAGCGCCAAUUCACUACUUCAACGAUAAUAUUACAAUUCAACCAUCAGUUAUAGAAAGUGAUCUUAUGAUGGUAAAAGAAUCGGAUCUGACCAUACGAGUCACAGAUCUCAUGAACUUCAAAUCGGCUAUCCUACCGGUUGCAAAUGAUGAUAGGGUAUUAGUGGGCAUUUACAAGUGUGGUGACGAGGUGAUUGUACAUUUUGCAGACGAUUCAGUGUCUUAUUUCAAGCACUAUAUGUAG